AUGGCUUGGCCACAUCCUCACCCCAGAGCAGAGAUAUUUGGGCAGCCUUGCUAUGGUAGAGCGAAAGCACUGGAAAGGCUCGCACCUACGGUAUGGGGGUUUUUCUUGCAGAUCUGCAUUAUUCGGAACGGCAAGACGGAAAUUUCGUCUCAGACGCGAGUGGUCAUUAUAUCCUACGAUCUGCUUGCCAAGCAAGAACGGUUCCAAGCGAACUACCAGUGUGUAAUUUGCGAUGAGUCGCACUACCUCAAGAACCACCACGCUAAACGAACGCAAAUGCUGCCAGACCUCUGCUCCUAUAGGGAGUUCAGUGAUCGCUACUGUCUCCCUGUUUUCAACGCCUUCACGAAGCGACUUGAGGAUGAGGGCCAUCAGCACGAAGAGGAGCUGCAUCUUCUUUUGAAGCAUACCGUCCUCAUAAGGAGGCUGAAGAAAGACGUUCUUACUGAACUGCCACCCAAGCUGAGGUCUCGCAUUCCGAUUGAAAUUUCACCCAAAGACUUGAAGGAGAUACGGCGAAAACUGGCGGGAUGUGACGUCAGCACACUUGUUCCGAAGGAGAGUGACGAAGCGGCAGGUGCUGGCACUACAGAUGCUGGAGCUGCGCUUUCAAAAGACAGUGUAGGCUCUCCAACCGCCUCGAACAAGCCAGUCGUCUCACGCCCUCGUAUCGGAGUUGUUCUCUUUGACGGGGAAAGCUAA